AAACAACUCAGUUAUAUUUCUAAUGGGAAGCAUUUAUUUGUUCCAAGCAUUUGAUUCAACUUAUUAUUGUUUCUAAUACUUAUUAUUGUCAUUUUUCUCUUAAAUCCCUUAUUUCUCUUUAAUGACUCUUGUUGUUAUUUGUAAUUCAAACAAUGCAUAGAAUAUCAGCAAUGACGUUUAUUGGUUAACCUUUGCUAGUAUCAUAUCUAUGCUAAAUGUAAAGUUAACCUAAAAAUGUCAUUCAAUUUUUAUACGCAAGGGUAGUACCCUCCAUAGUUUAAGGGCAGUCUUCAUAGUUUAUUUUUAUUAUUGUUAUUAUUUACUGUUUAAAAAAAUAAUAUUAAAAUGAACCUUCAUUGAAUGAAUUCAUCUGCCAAAAUCCAAGCUUAAUUACUGCUUUGUUAAAUACUUGGAGACCUUUGCCAAAAUCCACACAUUGGAAUGACACUAGUUUACUUUAUGGCUGUUUUAAAAUUACAGAUGCUAGAUUGAUUGUACUCUAACUACUUUGAAAAUAUAAUUGCUUGUUAUUCUUUACAACAAGGAUCAACUUUGAAUAAUUAUUUACUAUUGUUAACUGAAUGGGUUAUUACUAUAUAUUUUUGGCACAACUUUCUCCAACGUUAUUAUUUAUUCUUCAUCAGCAUGCGAUUGUGGGGCAGAGAGGGGCGUGGUGAAGGGGGCGCCGCAGUGAGAUGAGAUGCAGCAGCAGGAGCAGGAGGGCAAGCAAGCAGCGGUGGCGGGAGGCGGAGGCGGAGGUGGGGGCGGCAGCGACCCGCAUGAGAUGGCGCGUCGGAGGUGGCGGAUGUUGGCCCGCGCUCUGCAUCGCAGGCGGGAGCAGGACAAGCUAGACAUGAUAUCGGUGCGUCGCAUCAGCAGCUUCGGCCUGCUCACGCUCAAGCCUGACGCAGACGACACGUGGUUCGAGUACAGCGCCCACGUCAACGGCCAGCUGUUCACAGUCCUUGUGAGACACGUGGUACAGGAGAUCACUCCCACCGACCUGAUGGGCUUCAACAACACGGGCAACGUGUGCGUGUGGCCGUCGGAGGAGGUGCUCGCCUACUAUGUACUCUGCAACCGCGACUUCUUCCAGGGCAAGAUGGUGCUGGAGCUGGGAGGGGGCAUGACGUGUCUGGCUGGCCUGCUCAUCGCCAAGUUCACGCAUGCGUCGUUCGUGCGCCUCACCGACGGCAACACGGCGUCUGUGGAGAAUGUGGCGCGCAUCGUGAAGCGAAACGACCUGCAUGACUCGCCGCGCGUCGACUGCUGCACGCUGCAGUGGGGCAACAAACCACUCGCCUCCCAACCCCUGUUCGACGUCGUCCUGGCCGCCGACUGCCUCUUCUUCGACGACGCGCGCAAGGACCUCGUGGCCACUAUGCGGGCGGCAAUCAAAGCUGAUGGCGAGGCACUCGUCACCGCACCUCGGCGAGGAUCCACCCUCAACAAGUUCAUCGUCGAGGCCGAACAGUCGGGCUUUGUCUGCACCAUUCUCCACUACUACAACCACCAGGUCUGGCAGCGUCAUCUCCAACUCAGCUCCGACAGUCCUGACUACGACGAAGACAUACACUAUCCUCUUCUCAUUCAUCUUAUCAAAAAACAACCUGACUAAAGCUGCGUUUACACCAAAGUUAAUAACUCAAUCCUUAUAGAUUCUAUUAGAUUGAACAUAACUUAUCAUACACAUGAUGAACAUAUGUGUUUGUCAAGUUCCGUUCAAUCUAAUAGAAUCUAUAAGGAUUAAGAUAUUAACAUUUUGUUAAUACUUUUGGUGUAAACCCAGCUUAAAUCAAUGUUGUUAUUGUUGUAUCCAAAUCUCUUUAAAAAGACGUACCAGUCUAUUUAUUCUUAUAAGUAUUAUUCAUCUCUUUAUCGAUAAAAUUGUUAACUGUUGAAAUACUAUUAAAAAUAUUUACUCUAAUUGAAACACUAGUCGUGACAAUUGAAAUAUCUAGUGUACUGUACUUGUUAUAUAUUUAAUAACUCUAGAUGUCUUUGAUAAAGGUGGUCUUAACUAGUGCCAACUUCAGCUGUCGUAUUCCAGCUGUAACUUAAUAGGAAUAAAUAAUAUUUAUAUAUUAUAGUAUAGUAUUAUAGUAUAUUUAUAUUACUAUAUUAUAGUAUAAGUUUGGUCAUAAAGAUCUACAAUUGAUUAUUAUUCUCUCUAUUGUUUUCUAUUCCUUCAAUUUAACUGAUAGUUUUCCAAUAUAUCCCACCGCAGAAUAUAACAGUAGCAGGAUGGAGUACUUCUAGCAUAUGGUAAUAUUUCCAAGAAUACUAUAUUUGAAGAAUUUGGGCUGAACCUGUUGUUCUCACCCAAUAAAAAUUAUAUUAUCUGUAAUUGUGUGGGAAGAUAUAAAUGAUAUAUAAUGUUUUAAUUCUCAGACAAUCUCCGGUUUUAUAAAAUACUACUUGGAGACUGUUGUAUUAGAUUAAAAUGGUAAGUCUACAUUCUCAAAAAUGAAAUGACAAUGGAGUCAUUUGCAAUGAAAUUUUAAUGUGCCAAAAUAAAUUGAAGUAAUUAAAAAGCAGGCCGUAGAAUAUGUUGAAGAGUUAACUGAAUAAUUUAAAUUAAUAAUCUUUGACCUCUAGUUACAAUAGACAAUUUAUUUGGUAGAGGAAUAUUUAUUUCAUAAUUAGCUAUGCCCUCUUAUAUUGAAUUUAUAAAUUAUAAAAAUGAUUUAAUAGAAUAACGGACAUUAAGGGGACCAGAAAGAGAUUUAGACCAGUUAUCCAGGUUAUCUAGAUUUAGACUGUUAUCCAAACGUAUUGUAGGUAUAAAGGGUAACUGUUGAAAUACGAAUUACUAAACUUUUUUUUUAAAAAACAGUUUUAGAAAAUAUUACUAUGCCUCUACUACAUAUCCUUGAAAAAUUUCUCUGAAACAUAUCUAAAGUACUUUUGAAUUACUCCAUCUGCUACUGUACAAUUAGUAUAGGUCACAUAUUUAAUAUUGAAACUAUUUCCCCAAUUUUGAAUGGAGCACUUGAUAUUUGAAAAAAGUAGAUUUAUGAAAAUCUAUUUUUAAUUUGAAAUGGUGUGAAUGAUUUUUCGUCAAUUUAUAUAUUUUGAUUUUGACAAUAAAACUAUUAUAUUAUGUGUAUCAGACAUGAAUGUUCCGAACUGUAAUUAGUUUGUAGUGUCUGAAAUGGUCUGUUUUUGAGUGUUGAAUCCAAUCUAGUUGAUAUUUCAGAUUUUAGGUUUCUAAUGAAAAAUCCAUAAUCAGAAUUCCCACAUUCCUUACUUAGAAUAACCAGUGUGUGUAAGAGUGGAAGAUAACAUUCUGAGGCUAUAGAUAUUAUAGUUGCAUACCGCUUCUGUUCACUUAAAUAUGAACGUCGCUCAUCAACCCAUAUUUCGUUAAUGAAUUACAUUGUAGAGAAAUAAAGCAUAAACAUUAUGCUAUCUUUCCCUAUGAUUACAUUAGUCAUUCAAUUUUGCUUAAAGUGCGAGUUCUUUGAAACGUAAAUUAUUUAUCAGUCGUUUAAUUAUGUUUAUACCUAUUUUUUAUCAAAAUACUUAAUAUUGUCCAUCCAUGCAAAAAAAUGUCACUUUCAAGCUAAUUAAUGAACGUUUUUGUUUUAAAUUUCAUUUAAUGAGAAAGCUACAUGUAACAACUGACAAUUAAAAGCUUCCUAGAAAUUGGCAUUUCUCUACAAUAAUUCAAUCAGGAGUGGAGAAUUUGAAAAAAUAUUUUCUAUUAUUGAUAAGUACUUUCAUGAAAAUUGUGAAUUGAAAAAUUUUAUGCAUAGAAACUGGCAUUUCUCUACAAUAAUUCUGUCAGGAGUGGACAAUUUGAAAAAAUAUUUUUAUUAUUGA